AUGUCUGCAUAAAUCUAAGUUUGUUUAGACACGUUGGCUUUUGAUUAAAUUGAAGAAAUAGUUUUGAUUAAUGGAUAGCCAUCAGUCGAGUUAACUGUGUAUACACCCUUUAGUUAAUACUGUUUUGAAAGUAAUGAAUGUGUUUAUCUCAAGGUAGCAAGCCAAUAAAGGAGUUCUAUGAAUAUGUAUAACAUAUCCAAAAACAUUGUUUCGUGUUGCUGAGCCUAGACAAAGCUUAGAUCGAUCUCCUUCAAAGUGUGAAGGACAAAGCCAAAACAAUCAUCGCGAUUAAUAAACUAAUUGGUGAGCUAUUAUAUAGAAGAGAUCUGAUUACUAAAUAAAAAGUAAAUGAUUGUGUUAUCUAGAGACCAUCAACUUAUUAGGUUUGAAUCAAUAAAUUUAAGUAUAUUCGCAAAUCAAAGCUUUAGUAUAUCAUUUCUUUAUACAGAUUAGAUUCCGAAUAUAGUCAUGGGCUUCAAAAUCUCCGAUUCUAAUCUUACUGUGUCAUAAAUGAUAAUAGUCAAUUAAUUUUUGGUUGUAACUUUGGAGAAUCAGAGUUAAUUGCAAAAGUUUGGCAAAAUUUGGAAUUUGAUUGAACCUGAAAUUAUGGGUUAAAUGAUUGUAUUUGUAAUUGGAGAAGCAACUCCAUUCCAUAGAAUCUUUGAUAAAUUUUAUAGUUUCAAACUCUUUUGUGUGUAAAAUAGUAAUAUACUCAAUGAUUAAUUUAGUCAAUGAUAAGUUGGUUGUAGGCACAUGUUAAGGAUCAUUGAUUAUAUACUAAAUAACUGAGCAUUCAAUAUAAGAGAAAACAACAAUUUAAGUCUUGACAUCUCCCAUAUACAGAAUCCACCAAUUUAAUGAAGAAAUUUAUCUUGUCACAGAUAGUUAAGUCAAGAUAUUGGAUCGAUAGACUUUUGAUUUAAUCGGAGGAGGAAGUCUGAAAAAUAGGUUGUAAGCAGCUUGGAUUUCAUGUCUAAAUUUUGAUGACAAAGAGAAACUCUUGUUUUUAGGUAAUAUUAAAUAUACAUCAUGUAGGUACUUCAUAAGGUUUCAUACUUGUUUAUAAAAGGACUGAAAAGCUAGAGUUCUUAAAUUAAAUCAAUUUUAAUGUCAAUACUCCAAUCAAAUCAAUUCAAAUUAUGGAUAAUUAUCUUUACCCAUGUACUGAUAACGGAGUUGCUAUUAUAUAAAUGAAAUAUAUGGAUAAUCAAUUCUAAUACUAAGAGAAAACAGCAUUUGCAAGUUAGUUAAAAUUAGUUGGGUUCAUGAGGACCUAGAGUUCUGUAUUUGGAUUCACUUAAUGUGGAUUAUUAGUAUAAUGGAACCCAGAAAAUGGAUAAAUGAAUUAAGCAUAUAAAAUAGAUAAAAAUUGUUUAUUUGGAUUAUAUAAAUAGAAUUCAAUAUUUAUUGUUACAAGUGAACAAAUGAUUCAUAUAGUUAAUUUUUAAUGA